UAUUUAGAUUAUAUGGAAUAAAUAUAUAUAUUUAUAAGUUCUCUUUAAUUAAAUUUUUAAAAGACAAGUUGUAUAUUAGAAAUAUCAAAUCACUUGUAUUGCAAAUCAUUUUAAAAUUUUUACAAUAGUGAUUAAUCUUUUAAUCUUCUAAAAGAACUUCUUGUAAGACAUUCUUUAUUCAAACCUCCUGAUUCUAUUUAAAUUUUCGAUUUAGAUGAUAUUAAAGAAAUUUCAAAUUUCUUUUUAUAUACUUUUUAUAGGCAUUAUGAUUUAUAUUUUUUUGCUAAUACUCCUAGUAUUAAUUUUGAAGUAAGGACUUUUGAUAUUUUUAAAUCUAGAUUUCCUUAUACAGAUACUUUGGCUGAAGCUUAACCCGUUGCUAGAACUGAAAUUCCUUUAUUAUAAUAAUAUUUAGUUGAUAAAGAAACUGGAUUAACCCCUGAAUAAUUAGAAGAAAUUAUGAAAGGAGAUAGUAUACAUAUGGUUCCUGCUAAAAAAAGAGAAGAAUGGAUGAGAUUAAAGAAAGAAAGAGAAAGACAAGCGAGAAUUGAUAAAGUUAUAAAAAAAGAAGUGGAAAGAUUAAAUAUUAUAUUUGAAGAAAAAAUAAAAAUUUAAGAUGAAGCUUUCUUGGAAGGUGUAAAUGCUAUAAAAAAUCCAAAAAAAAAAUGA